AUGCAAGCCCAUUUUUAAGAGAAGGAAGCUCUAGCUGACAUCUUUGGUCAUAUAAAAGAUGUAGAUGAGCAAAUUUUUGGUGUCAUAUUAGAAAAAUUAAGAAAGGAAAAAGUUUAAGACAUCAUUGAAUAUCUUUCAGAUAACAGGAAUCAAAGCCAAAUACAAUCAUGUAUCUUACAAAAAGGAGUUGAUAUCACUCAGGCUGAUAAAGAAUAGAAAUUAUUUGUUGUUAGAAAUGAUAUCAUAUAAAUCACAAAAGUCUUAAGAAAAUUAAAAGACCAUUGCUUAAAUAAGAAAGAUUAUUCCUCUGAAGAAAAUGAAGAAUCUACAUAAAAUCUAAUUAAAAGUAUCAAGGAUAAUAGAUGGAUCCUUGAAUUUCUGUAAUUUUUAGUUCACCUCACAUCCAUUGAUGAAGCUUUUAUAUAAGUUGGGUCAAAUUCUUUACAUUUAUUAGUUUAGAUGAAGGUGGACCUUAGAAUGAAAAAUUUUGAAAAUAUUAUAAUCUAAGACACUUCUUUGAUUGGUGCAAAUUUUGUUAGUUGUAAUUUAAGUGGAUCUUAAUUCAAAAAUGUCAACAUAAGUGGAAUAAAUCUGAAUAGAGCAUAAUUAUUUAACUGUAAAUGGAGAGAAUUAAAAAUCCAUGAAUUAAAUUAAUUACAUGGCCAUAGUGAUUACGUAAGAUCAGUUUAUUUCUCUCCUGAUGGUAAUACAUUAGCAUCUGGUAGUUUGGAUAAUUCUAUCCGUCUAUGGGAUGUCAAAACAGGAUAAUAAAAAGCCAAAUUGGAUGGUCAUACUAGAUAUGUCUCCUAAGUCUGUUUCUCUCCUAAUGGUAAUAUAAUAUCUUCUGGUAGUAAGGAUGGGUCUGUCUUAUAAUGGGAUGCUAAAACUUAAAAGAAAUUAUCCAAAAUAAAUGGUCACGAUGAUGCUGUUACAUCAGUCUGUUUCUCUCCUGACGGAAAUACAUUAGCUUCUGGUAGUGAAGAUAACUCUAUCCGUCUAUGGGAUGUCAAAACAGGAUAAUAAAAAGCCAAAUUAGAUGGUCAUA